UGAGCGGAAGACGGCGCAGGUGAACAGCGGGCGGCCGCGGCUCCUGGUUCCCUCGCUUUGUUCCCCCCCCCGGCGGCCGCGUACAUGGACCGUCUGCUAAGUCGGCUGCGAGGGCCGGAGCUGGUGGCUGACUUUCAGUGGCGCUGCGGGCUCCGUCCGCUUUCGGGAGCCGCGCCGGCGGAGCGACGCUCCCCCGAGACUGACAAACGGACAGCACGAGUCUCCACAGCCAGCUCCUGGAGGGAACAGGGCAGAACCGAAAGCAACGGCGCGCUGAGCGGCACUGUGAUUCCUCUGAAGAAAUACAAGAUUGAGAAUUAUUUCCUCUACUACCUCUUCCUGUUUGCUGCCACAUUGGGCCAGGAGGUUUUUUACAUCACCUUCCUUCCCUUCUGCUACUGGAAUAUUGACCCACAUGUUGCUCGGAGAGUGAUCAAUGUCUGGGCAGUUGUGAUGUACAUUGGGCAGGCUUCGAAAGACGUCUUAAGAUGGCCGAGACCCCCAUCACCUCCAGUAAUUAAGCUUGAGGUGCGGGUGGAUGCGGAGUAUGGCAUGCCUUCCACUCAUGCCAUGGCGGCCACUGCCAUUCCCUUCACCUUCCUCUUGGCCACAAUGAACAGGUACAAGUACCCGUUCCCCUUUGAGCUGGGUUUGCUGUUUGCGGUAACGAUUUGUACCUUGGUGUCUCUCAGCCGUAUUUACACAGGAAUGCAUACAGUUUUGGAUGUGCUCUGUGGAAUUGCAAUCACUGCUGUGCUGGUAACCGUUUCGUACCCUUUCUGGGAUGCCAUUGAGACUUUCCAAAUGAAGAAUCACUUUGCUCCUGUACUAGCACUGACACUGUCCUUCCUGCUAUCUAUAAACUAUCCCGAGCUGGACCAUUGGAGCACAGCAAGGGGUGACACCACUAAUAUAGUCAGUGCAGGUGGAGGAGCUACCUUGGCCACUUGGAUUAAUUAUCAGUGGGGGCUUAUCCCAGAGCCCUUAUCAGCUCCACCUUAUGAGAUGCCUUCGGUCACACCUGAACUCCUUGGCAGGAUGGUUGCCCGAUUUACCAUUGGCAUUGUGAUUGUGUUUUUCGCACGGCAGGUUAUAAAAUCACUGGCCUUGGCCUUUGUUUGCAGAUUGGCUGGAGUCUCCCCCAGGGACCAGGAAGCUCGGAAGCUGCUGUGGGUGGAAGUCCCCUACAAGUACAUUACGUAUAGUUGCCUUGGAGUUGUUGGACUUGCUUUGUGCCCAGCGGUGCAUAGAUAUUUAUCACUUUGAUCAGGUUACUGAUCUACUUUGCUGCAUGCUGGGCAGCUGUAAGAGCUGCUGGUGCGUGUAGUACUGAACGGCUGCACCAAUUUGUCUUUUGGACUUUGGAUUCAGCCUGGGGUUUAGUCAGAGAUCUGAGGGAUAGCAGUCCAAUGCUCGAUAGUGAAGUUCCUCAAUCGACUGAGACAUAAAUUCUGUGGCAGAGGAUGGACAUUCCUGUCUUGUUAUCACCUUGUUUGUUGCUUUGCAGAUGUUUGUAUUUGGGAUCUUUGUUUUAUGCUGCCUUUCGGGGGGUAGGCAGGCAGGCUGGAGUGUAGGAACAAUUGGAUCAUCUCUGUGCCUUACGGUUCUUUCAAAGAUGACAACCCCUUUCCACUGAAAUCAAGCUUGGAAUCAGUUUUGUUUGCUUGCAGUAUCUUCAGUAGAGGUUCCAUCACAGGUCAGCUGAUGAGCUGAAUAGUAUUGCUGAUGUUGUUCUGGCUGCUGCUCCCCAUUGCGUCUAAUGCGUUCGCUGGGGGUCAGUAUGCAGGAGCUUGUCUCCAGUGUACACCUGGCCAGAGGCUAGUCACUGGGAUGGGUUGGGGAGGUUGCCCUGGCCUUGCUCUCCACAGGCGCAUAUGGCCCACUCAAGUUGAGGUCAAACAGUAAAAUUAAAUAAAAAGCUUUGUUUUUCAGAGUUCCAACCACUUUUCUGAUAUAAGCUCAACCAAUAAGUUAGUUCACCAAGCCCAUACUACUCAAUUGACUGAGCAUACAGAGCUACAAAGAUAUGUGUGAGCAGCUCUCCACUUGUAAACGGGGCCCAGUCUGUGAGUGCAGGACUCUGUGGAUCAUGCAAGAUGUUGAGUAUGUUCACGUGUUUCUGUAGAUUGGAACUUGACUGAGCCAACAGUGCUGGAACUUCAGGCAGAGGAAGUUGCUGCACACACUGACACAUACAGACACACCUCCUUGGUAUUAAUUAGGAUGGGGGCAGGUUCCAGAUCUAUCAAGAGCAGUAAGAAACACCUUGGCUACCUUUGAGUCUGCCUUGUGCUCUGGGGGCACUCAGUAGGAGACUUUGAGUCCACUGUGAAUUUCAGCAAAAGUGUCCAACAUGGUUAAAUAAAAAAAGGAAAUGUUGGAACUACUCAUCUGGUCAGGGUAUUUUAACUCUUAGAAAACUGGGGUAAAGGGUUUGAGUGAUAGUGUGCUUAAUGACAAAACUUGCAACUAAAUCGUAAGAAAACUGAGGCGUUCAGUUCUGUCUCGGUUACUUUGCACCACAGAGUUCGUAAGGGUGAAGAUUACACAGGGCAGGAAUAUUCACACAUUCUAUGCAUGAGCCAUUAUGUUAAGAUGAUCUCUUGUAAUCUCAAUUUAUUUGUGCUCUGGUAUGAAUGUAAAUACAGAACACCUAGACUGUUAUAAUCCAAGUUAGGCCAUUAGGAGAUUCAAACUCUGCUCUAAAGGUACAGUAACCAAAAUGCCUCAGUUCAGUGUGAAGCCAGCUUAAUCUUUUACUGUACCUCAGCAUGUGAGGGUGUUCCCUCAUGUAGUAUAUUUUAGAUAUAAUUACAAUAUGGAAGUCAAACCAGUUCCAGUUACUGUAACGCCUAUUGCACAAGUCCAAUUUCCUCUAGUCUCAGUGUGGGGAAACCUGUUGGACUAAUCUCCUCCCCCUUCAAACAGAUUGCAUGGGUUCUGAAAUGAAUUUACCCUUUUACUGUGUCACUUGUGUUUAAGAUUGAACCUUGUCAUUAUAAAAACUGGAUUUGCCGAGUCUUUCCUGGCUUGGUUAAAUUAAUGAAGAAAAGGCUUUAUGUGAUUUUUUUUUUUACUGUUAUUUUGUUGCAGAAUCAGCAAUGUAUAAAAUUUGUAAAGAAUGUUGUAGUUUUUUUGUGUGCUUUCAACUUUAAGAAUUUGUCUAAAUGAUGUAUGUUGUUAUCUUUUUGUACCUUCAGUUUGUCUGCACUUGGUCCAUUAUGGGUAUUUUCAUUGGCCAUGAUUAUACUAGGUUUGUAGGGCAAAAUGAGAGGGAGGAGGAAGAAUUGUUUUCUCCCCAAAUAUCUGAUAUUUUAGUCCAGGGCACCCCCUCAAGCCCUCCCUGUAUAAAUUAUGUGGAUUCUGUCAUGAUCCAUGGUGCAGUAUCACAUCUAGUUGAACCGAGUGCCUGUUAGCCUGUUCCCAUCCCUUGCUGUAAUGCACUUAUCUCAGGCCACGUGUGUCAGUGAAAAUUGGUUUUGCUGUGAGCUAGGGUUCCUUGUUGAAAGCUGGCGUUGUCAGUCAGAUCCAUUUCAAUACAUUAUUUAAAAACAAAUUUCUCUGCAUUGUUGAAUUAAGUAUUUCCAGGUCAGGUACUGUACAGUUUAGGAACAGACUAAAGCAACCUCUUCACUUCCUGUUGAGCACACCUGGGGGAAGGGGCACCAUUUGAUAAUAUUAACAACACAACCCCCUACACCCAGCAGAUGGACAGCUAUGAAUCACUUUCAGUAGUAUAAGAUUAAUUGCAAAAUUUUUCAAAAGUGGCAGAGUUGCUGGAGUGAGAAAAGAUUAAACAUUUUGACACAUCACAUUCAAUAUGUUUUGUAUAUAUAUUUUUUAAAAAGUCCUGCUCCACAGGGAUGAUCCUGCAAUGUGUUGUCUAAAAUUAGGGGUCACAGUUGCAAAGUAACAAGCCAGCCAUUCAGGACCGAGAAUGCAGAGAAAUCUCUUCAGCAAAUGGGCAGCAAGUCUUUUAAAUUCUCUCUAUCAUAGCUAUUGAGCCUCAGUUACUCAGUAGAUUCAAUUCAGCUAACCUCAGACUUGUUGAUGUUAAGGAUAUCAAGGUAUACGGUACUAGUACUGGGGUAAAAAUUACCCAUGGCCUUUGAAUGGAGGAGGAACUGUGCUGGGUUGAAUGGUUCACUCCUCAUUCUAUUUCGGUCCAUCAACAGAAGGUGCUUGGAGCCUUCACAGGCGUAAGGAUGGAUAAAUCCCCAGGGCCAGACGAGAUUUAACUGAGGCCACAAUGGGAGCCAAAGAAAGAGAUCACUGGGGCUCUUUGCUGGCCGGAAGUGAGCUACCAAAGGAUGACAUAAACAUGGUCCUUCUUUUCAAGAAGAGCAGAAUGGAAAAGCCUGGCAAAUAUACCCCCAUGAGCCUAACGUCAGUGGUUAUGGGACAGGAUAAAUAAUUACUUGGAAAGGCGGGGGCUAAUGAGAGAAAUCUAGCUUGGCUUUAAGGCCAGCACUACCCUUACCAAUCUUUUGAGGAAGCAAUAGAAAGUGUUUUGAUGAAAGUAGUGCAGUAGAUAUGGU